AUGAAGGUGGUGAUGCAGCGGGUGACCAGCGCCUCCGUGCGUGUGGAGGGCAACGUCGUAGGCCAAAUCGGUAAAGGACUGCUGUGCUUUGUCGGUAUCGGACACGAUGAUACCGAGGACGACGCCGAAUGGUGCUGCCGCCGGCUGCUGAACGCUCGCCUGUGGCCUGAUGAGGCGGAGCGUGCAUGGAGGAAGUCGCUCAAAGACAACGACUAUGAGGUGCUGCUUGUGAGCCAGUUCACGCUACACGGCCAGUUCGCCGGGAACAAGCCCGACUUCCACCUCUCCAUGGCUCCAAAGCCAGCGAAGGAAUUUUACGACGCGUUUUGCGAUCGUGUGCGUCGCGAGUACAUCGCUGACAAAGUGGCGGAGGGCGAGUUCGGCGCUUACAUGGAAGUGUCCAUUGUGAACGACGGACCAGUGACGAUGCAGAUCAACUCGAAGGACAGGAAGCUCGCCAAGAAAUAG